AGACAGGAGGCCCCGCUGACGAGGCGGGCAGAGACUUGCGGAGCGGCGUUCAUCCUUCACAUUAUUACUGAAUUUACACACGAGUCAGUCUUUUAAUGUGUGUUUUUGCAACGGUCUAAAUUCUGAAGAAUGAGGCGGGACUAAAAUAUGCUCGUGCGCUGAAGUGGACAUGUUUAAUUUAGAUAUUAUUCUGCAUAAAAAGUCUACACCAGAUGCCUGCGUGUUAGUUGAGUCCAGCUGAAGGAGCCCCUCGCCUCGCGCGGAAUUUCGUGUGUGUGUGCGCGCGCCUCCCUCGUGCGGAGCGCACCUUCGGAGACUCCUCUGUUUGGACAGAACAGGACAUUUAGUUUGUCUUGGCCAUCCCUUAAGAAUCCUCACGUGUACAAGAAGCAAAGGAAGGUGUUUCCAGUACCAUCAUCUGCCAUCACAGAUGCGUCUCCCCCCGGUAAGGACGUCCCCGAGGGUCAUCCUCCUGAGGAUGAAUUUGGCUCCCGGUCCCUGAACUUCUCUUCCAGAAGAGUUUUCCGUAAGAUGUCUCCAGAACUGCAGGAUCUUGCUUGCAGAGGUGACGUUGAAGAGGAGGAAGACCUGAAGCCAAGGCCAUUGAGAAGAAACACACCAUACUGGUACUUCCUCCAGUGCAAGAAGCUGAUAAAGCAGGACAAGCUGGCGGAAGCUCUCGACAUGUUCGAAAUCCAAAUGCUGAAGACUGAACAACUCUGUCCAGAGGAAUUCAAUUACACUGUGCUCAUUGGUGGCUGUGGCCGUGUUGGUUAUAUCAAAAAGGCUUUCAGGCUUUACAGUGAUAUGAAGAAGCGAGGCCUUGUCCCCACUGAUGCAACCUACACUGCUUUGUUCAACGCCUGCGCCGAGUCUCCCUGGAAGGACUCGGGAUUGCAGCAGGCCCUCAGCCUUCAGCAGGAACUGAGAAGAAAGAACAUCCAACUCAGCAACAUCACAUAUCAUGCCUUACUCAAGACCCAUGCACUCUGCUCUGACCUUAGAGCCUGUUUCGAUGUGCUGCGGGCGAUGUUGCAAAAUGGUCACAGCCUCAAUCUGGAAACUUUCAACUUCCUCCUGAUGGGCUGCAUUAAAGAUAAAGAUCAAGGAUUUAGGCUCAUCUUGCAGGUUUGGCGUCAAAUGUUAAAAAGCGGGAUCAAGCCUGACUCUCACAGCUAUAACCUGCUGCUUCGGGCAGCUCGAGAUUGCGGUGUAGGUGACCCUGCGGUGGCCUCCGCUUUGCUGCUGAAAGGCGAAGAAAAACUAUUUCCAAAACUCAAAAAACUGGGUACCACAGGUAGCCGUAAAGGAACACUCACAGUGAACAUUGAUGUAGAUGCUUUGGAAAAGCAGCUCUUUGCUGACAAAGAUGCAGGUGGGUUGGAAGGUACAGAGCUGGGUGGGGCACACGAGCUCACCCUGGAUACUCCCACUGUGUUCCAUGUAAAGCAGAAUCACGUCAGCCAUGACGUGAUUUCACAAUUUACACCUUUGAAUGACAAAAACACGGUUCCCAUGGAGUCCGGCGAACGCAAGUUUUCUCUCACCAGCGAGAGCUUUCCCAACCUUCUAGACCUUAGAGUGAAUAACACAAAUGUGGUCUCCCUGGGGAAUGUGACAACAGCUUCUGACAGACUAGCUCUGAUAGGGAACAUGGAGGGAUUCCUGAGAAAGAUGGACAGCGAUGGCCUGGCACCCAACAUCAAGACUUUAACACUGCUGGCUGAUGUAACAGAAGCAGGAAGUCCAUCGGAACUGAAUUUACUUGCUGUCGCAGAGCAGCACAAAUUGAAUGUAGACAUUUCUUUUUUUAAUACCCUUGUCAGAAAAAAGGCAAAAGCAGGAGACUUAAAUGGUGCAAAGGCCUUUUUGCCAUUGAUGACUGAGAGGGGUUUGACACCUGAUCUUCAUACAUACUGUAACCUGGCAGUUGGCUGCAGAAGAAAAAAAGAUGGACUGAAAUUACUGUCUGACAUGGAGGCUGCUGGGAUUGUACCUAAUACCCAUGUGUACAGCGCUCUCAUUUGCAGCGCUGCUAAACAGUUGGACUACGUGUAUUUGAAAGAGAUCCUGAAAAGCAUGAAGCAAAAGCAGGUUGCCCCAACGGAAGUAGUCAUAAAACAGCUAGAAUUUGCAGCUCAGUAUCCACCGACAUUCGACAGGUACAAGUCCAAAAACACCUAUUUGGAGAAGAUUGAUGGUUUUCGAGGCUACUACCAUCACUGGUUGCAGACUAUGCCUGGUCAGGAAACCAGCCAUCCUUGGGAGAAAUUUAAACCACCAAAAAAAGACGCUACAGUCUCUAAUGCCAGUGAAGAAAAAAGUCUUGUGGAAAAGUAAUUCAGUAUUGAUCGUAAUCAUAAUAUUAUAUUGUUUAUGAUGUUAUUUCUGUACGAAACCUAAGGGGAAGACUGUAGGUAAUAAUCAUUUGGACCCUUACUAAUUUGUUUUAGAAGGAUUGUAUGAGAGCAGUGUUCUUGGGGUUGCACUGAAUUGUUACUGUUUGGCAUGUAUAAGGGUAGGGCAUUUUAUACUUUAAAAUGCUUUGAAAUUAAAUUCCAAAGCCAUCAAACUCAAAAGUUCUCUUUUGAAGACUUAAAAUGAUGGCAUCUGGACAUCCAAAGAUCAUCUCAUAUAGGUAAUCGGUGACUGUAGCGUUUUCAUGAUGUAAUUUGUAAAAUGAAAAGAUAAAUUACUUUAAGGAAACAUGUUAUUUUUCCAAGUACUCUUUAAUUUACAGUGGUGUUUUAAUGACCCCAUUGUAAGUUUGUCAUAAGUCAAAAAUCCCCUUAUAGUGUAUUACCGGAACCAUGAGGAUGUAUAAACAAUAAACAAGCAUGAAUGCUAGACUAUAAUAGGGCAUUGCUAGAUUUUUUUUUUUCCCCUCUUUGAUAAUUUUUCAUGGUAAAAUAAUAUAUACA